AUUAGACUUUGAUUUCACGGGGUACUGGGGUCAACCAACGGACAAUCAUUGUCAUAGAAUAUCGUUCGCUACAGUCGGUCGUUGAACGUUUUCUUAGGCUAAAAGACUAUCGUUGAAAUACGUAGAAGUGAUUUAAGGAGCGCACCGAAAUCGCCGGAUUUGUGAUUUGUCAGCAUAUUCUAAAGGAAGACUUGGCUCCAGGGUUAUGACGUCUAGCUCGGGGAAGAUGAGCUUGCCACCGGAUGCAUGUAACGGGACUGCUGCAGACUUCUCUAGCGUAGAAGAGGAGCUUUACGAUUAUCAGAUGCACACCAGAAUGUGCAAGAAAAUAGCGCAGCUUACGAAGGUAAUAUAUUCUCUCAACACUAAGAAUGAGGAGCAGGAAGCAACUUUGCAAAUGCUACUACAUGUUACCACAGACACAGAAAACUUUCAGCCAACCACAAGUCAGUAUGAGGAGGGAGAGGAAUCCACAUCUGCCCUUAGGACCCGUCUCUUAGAGCUCCAGGCUACAGUAGAAGAGAUAGAGAAGCGGGAACAGACGGCUGAGGCAGAGCAUGCUGAGCGUAUGGCUGUGCUAACCCGAGAGGCUGCAGAUCUCCGCCGAAACUACCACAGUCUAGAAAUGGAACGAGACAACCAAUGCAGACUACUGCAGCAAAUUCAGGAUGAAAAAAAAUGCCUAGAAGAAGAAUGCCAGCACUUACGCCAAGUGAGGGAUGAGAACAGAAAGAGGGAGGAGGAUGCUAAGAGAAGAGAAGAAGAAGAGAGGAAGAAAGAAGGUGAAGUGAAGAGGAGAGAUUUAGAAGAAAGGAAGAAAGUGGAGGAAGAAUGGGAGAAACGUUUGCUCACAGUGAGAAGUGCACUCAAAACACUAGAGGAGGAAAGAGAAAGAUUAGAAGAACAGUGGCAGAUAGAGAAGGAGGAAUGGAAGAACAGAAUGAAGGUCAUAGAGAAGGAAAGAAGGGAAGAGCAGGAAGAAGCAAGAAAAGCUUUACAGCAGAGCCUCAAUGAACACAUAAGCCAGUGGCAGCAGAGAGAGCAAGAGAACUGUAAAUUCCAGAAUUCACUGCUGCAACAGAGACUGAAGAAAGCAGAGGCAGAGCUGGAAAUACAAGGAGAGAGACUGAUCGAGUGCAACAGACACAGCAGUAAAUUGCAAGCAAGAAUAGAGGAUCUAGAGGAGCAGCUGGAAAAUUGCCAUCAUCGAGUUACAGAGGCAGAAAGAAUAACUAGGAAGGCAGAGGAGGAGCUAGCCGUGGCAAAAGAACGAUUAUUACUGCAGGAAAAUGAACUGCAAAACAAAUCAGAGGAACUGUUGAACCAAAGCUCCUCUCAAGUGCGGGUGUCUGCUGAAGUGGAGGAAUUGAGAUCUCAACUGAGUCGUCUCAACAUCAGGAACAAAGAACUGGAACUUCAAAACAGCAGCCGCUCUAAUGACCAUGCUCGCAUGCUGAAACAGCAUGCAGAUGCUUUGUCUUCCAUGCGCCUUGAGCUGCAGCGUGCUCAUGCUGAGGAGAUUCAGCGGCUCCAUCAAGAAAUGGAGAAAGAACGAUCAAAUGACAAACAGGAGUUGGAGGAGGAAAAGAAACAAGUACAGAAAAAUAUGGAGGAGGAAAAGGUCCAUCUUAAAGAGAAAUUAAGGAAAGCACUGGAAGAAUUGAUCUGUAAACAUGCCAGUGAGUUGCGCCAAACCCAAGCCUCACUGGAAAAUGAGAGAAAGCAGGCAGAGGAAUGCAGAAAGACUGCAGAGGAGGAAAGACAUUGCCUGGAGACGGAGAGAGGGGAACUACACAAACAACUAGAGGUGUCUACAAUAAAGAUACAUAAACUAGAGGAAGUGAUCCAGGCAUUGGAGAAGGAAAGAGAAAAAUCCAGAAGAGAGGAGGAAAGAGAGCAUGAACAGGAAAGCGAAAAAGAGCAAGAAAAAGUGAAGGAAAUGACUAGGCUGGAGCCUCUGUGCAAGUCUGAGUGUGAGAGACUAAAUGAAGAAUUGAAAAGCACACAGCAUACCAUACAGAAAAUGCAAGUUGAGUUUGCUUUGGAGAAGGAAAAACUGCAAAUGGAAAUCUCCACUCUCAAACAAGAGAGAAAGGUACUACAGCAGUCAAGCCACAGUGUGGAGGAAAGAAUAAGGCUGCAGUUUGAGAAGCAUUUCUCUGAUCAUGUAGCAGAUCUACAGAAAGAGAGAGAAAAGGAGAUCAGAGACAUUAAUGUGCAUUGGCAACACAGGGUAGAGGAACUACAGACACAGCUGGAGGAGAAAAAAGUGCUAUUCCAGAGGAGCAAGGAAGAAAGAGAUAGGGAGGAUUGCCAUAAUGAUGAAGAAAUGGAGAGAAUGAAGCUGGAGAUCCAAAAAACAAUAGAAAUGAACAGCUCACUCAGUGCCCAGCUUUAUGCCACAAUUCAGGAGAAAGAGAAGUUAAUAAAGAAACAGCAGUUACAGGUUGUACAGGAGGAAGAUGAAGAUGAGGAACCAAUGAAGGAAAAUGAAUUAGCAGAUGGGAAGAGAGAUGAGUGUGGAUGGCAUCAGCGAGACCAGGAGUUGUUAUGGGUAGAGAGACUCAGCCACCAGCAAGCCUUACAGGCUCUAGAGAAACAUGCAUGUGAAGAGCUGCAGGCAGAAAGACAGCACCUUCACACCCAGUACAAACUUCAGCUGGAAAAACAGAAAGCAGAGUUAACACAACAGCACACUGAAUGGGUCAGGCAGGUAACGCAGAGACAUAUGCAGCAGAUAGAAGACCUGCAGAAUGAACUCCAGACACAUACAGAGAUGAUGGCUUUGCAACAGGACCUGAAACAGCAGAACCGACUACAGUCACUUGAGAGGCAGCUGGAUGAGAGGAGCAGUGAGGUGCAAGAGCUGAAAAGAGAGAAUGAGGAACUGAAACAGCGAGUGCAUGAACUCAACACAGAGAGAGAAACCAUCACGAACCACAAACAAAAGAGCAGCAGAAGGUCAUCCAGUUCCUGGAAGGAGAAAGGGGAUGAAGUCGGAUCAAGGGAUGGGGAGGAGGACAGGAAUGAUGAAAUACAGGACAAAAUAAAGACCAUGAAAAAUGAAGAGAGAAUGGAAAUAAAGACCAUAAUGUCUGAUUUCAGCUCUGCCCAAACACAGCUACAUGCCCGCAUUGUUGCCUGCGAAACAGAACUGAAAGAGAGGGAGGAGACGGGUAAAAGAAGAGUAGAGGAUAUGCACAUCAUUGCUAAACUGCAAGAUAAGCUCAGUGAAAGAGACCAGCUCAUCAAGAGACUGGUGGAAGACCUCCAUCAGUUAUCCCAACAUCCUCCUCUUAGCAGUGAUGGGACAGAGAAGUCCUACCACCCCAGAACACAAUCAGGGAGUCUCACACCUACCAUUAAGAAAAAGAUCCUUGAGGACAUCCCACCAAGUGGGACCAGCAUACCAACUCUCAGUUCAGUGGAGGGGGCAUCCCCCAAGUCAUCACAAUUGUUAAGUUGGGCAAUCCUCCCAUCACAGUCACAAACUCCAAUUUCCCCUCAUCCUGAAGCCAAUACUUCUGUUCGACAUACUCUCUCUCCCCCUCAUGAUCUCCUGCAACAGGUGCAACUCAACAACAGCCAGCACAUCAGGGCUCCUUCUGAAAAGAGGGUGAUUGAAGCAGGACCUGAUGGCCAAGACCCCAAGAGGCAAGAGUGGUUCACCAAAUACUUCUCUUUCUGAGCAUACUUGGAUCAUAAUUUUCUGAUAUAGAUGUCUAUUCAAACAUACUUUGAAUCUACACUGAGUCCAAAAAAGGUUGGAAAGGUUACCAACAGGAACUCUCAUUACCUAUUUGCCCAACAUCUUUCACACAAGCACAUACAGACUGGUAACAAAAUAAAGGGAAAAAAUGGUGCCUUUGUUAUGCUGUGUGUGGCCGCUUAUCAGGGCACAACAAAUUAUGAUAGUUAAUGAUGUUUUUCCUUUAAUUUUUCACCUGUGUGUACAAAGUUAUGCUGCCACACAUCAUGACUGUGAACAAACAGAGGGAAGUAAAAACACGAAUCCUCAUAAAUCCACCUGAAACAUACCACUCUGUAUUUAUUUGUAGGCAAACUUGUAUUUUCCCCUGAUAAGAUGAUAAUUAAUGAUUAAUUCACAUACAAAUGAUGCAACAUGUACAGUUUGUGUUCAUAUCUUGAUAUGGAGAAUACGAUUUAUUGUUCAUUGUAUGCUGCAUGACUUAAUGAAUAUUAAUGUGUAACCAUUUUUAAAAAAAAUCUUGAUUAAAAACUGUUUGCAAAUUA